UGCACCGGGAGCACGGACCAAUUUCUACCCACCCCGGUUCUUAAUGCGCCGAGGGUGAAGGUGAAACCCCGCUCUUCGCCUUCCUACUCCCGUGAGCCGCCGCCGCCGCGCACCGCCGGAGCGAUCUCCCCGCGUCGUACGGGCGUCCGCACCAACUCACCCGUGCGGGGUCCGUGGUCCACGAGCUCUCCUAGUGCCCGUGCACCGAAUAGUUUGGAAGAUGGAUAUUACUUUUCAUGACGCGAGGAAGUUAUGGUCGCUUAUCUGGUACGAAGAAGGUCUGAUUGAUAAGAAACGAAGGUGGUUGCAGUCGACAAGUUCUAAUUCUGACGGUACUCAAAAGAGACAGAAAAGACCGAAGUUUUUAACUGACGCGUACUUACCAGAAUCAGACUUGAGAAGUGAUCAGGUAGCUUAUGAGAAUGUAAAAGCUAAUAUUGAUAGAAGCUUUGGAGAAAGCUAUAGCAAACACCAUGUGGUUCAGGACUAUCAGCAACUCCUUGACACCCACAUGAAAACGAGCGACUCUUUAGACCAAUCCAGUUUCUUCAAGACCUUUUCCUCCAUGAUUAGUGACUUAAGCAAUGAUGCACUAUGCGCUGUAGCUAACACUGUUACCAACAACAAUUUGAGCUUCGAGAAAACGCGUCCAAGGAUGAAAAGAAUUAUAAAGAACUAUCUUCCAGUUUUUUUUUCAGAUUCAAAUGUCAACAGUAACCUGGUGAAAAUUCAACAGUUAUGGCAAGUUUUCAGCAACCCGUACAACCUUCGCAAGAAACCUCUGACACUCAUCACUCCAAUCUCGCCGCCGCUUCUUUCAUCUAUUCAGAAGACCUUGGAAGGACUCGAGGAAAUGACGCUUCAGGAACUUGUUGCAGUGAAUAGAAAGCUUAGAGGUGUCACAGUAGUCCCUCAAUGUCCACCUGUUAUUGCUGGUAAAAGGGAUUUGCUUAUCGAACGUGUCAGGAAAAGAUCUAAUAAACUUAUAGGAAGACUAGAGGGGCGACUUUAUCUGCCUAAGCAAUUAGCAAAAGCAUUAUCUGUUGUGCAAUUGUCUCUAAAACAUAAAUCAAGACGUGUUGAUAUAUCGACAUCCGAGUUUUUCCCCUUCUCUCUGGAAACCGUGGCCUUGCAGAAUGAUAUUUUAAAGGCUCUUUGGUUGAUGCCAAUAGUUAAACAUGAUGAGAUUAAGCUUUUGCAACCUCAAUUGGAUCCAAAAGCCAAAGUACCGAUGAAAAGUUUUAGACAUGCUCUUAGAAAAUAUUUAUUGGAGUUUUUGUUCCAGUGUGACGAAAUAAAUUUGCCGGAUGAGGCGCUAGGCGCUCUUGCUUUUAUCAACAGGAAGUCGAGACGACAGCCAUGCAUAUUUGCAAAAGAGAUACGAGAAGAGGAGGUAGAAGCUGUAUUAAAUAUAAGCUGUCAGCUAAAAGCUGUCAUUUCAAGCUUGCGCCCAUGUAUUAGUACAGAUGAUGAAUGUGCGGAUGCAUAUUUUUCCGGGUUAGGGAUCGAUGAGGAUCGUGAAAGUAAUGAUUUUGAAUUAUGUGGAAAUAACUAUUUCAUGAACUCUGUCGAUUGUGAUCAGCAAGUGUAUGGGUCUUGUUCAAAUGACAUAUUAGAGGCUACAGCGGAUUCAAGGCCUGCUUUCACUGAUUCUUUCACAAACGAUGAUUCUUUUACCCAGCUUUCCGAGGCUGUCAGAUUUUUAACUGGCAAUGUCAAAGUAAAGACUGAAUUACAGCUGGAUGCAGAUGCAGAAACUUUUGAUAAUUGUUCUGAGGUGUCGAAAAAACCAUAUGCUCAAUAUGCUUCUCAGCAAACUGGAAGUAGAAUUGAAAUGCUUCGUGAGGCUCUUACUCAUGGUACUGCUCAUAUUACAAAGAAGUGUAAAUUAGAGGAGGAUGAUCAUGUAAAAGUUUCCAGUUGCCCGGAGGAGUCAAAAGAAGUUUACCCUAAAAGUGACCUUCUGAGAAAUGUAAACCAGAGUGAAACUGAAGUCCAGGAAAUCUGCGAUGAGACUGCAUUGCUUGCCCACCGGCUUAUAGGCUGUAUGCUGGAUAAAUUUAUACAGGCAGAAGGCAGGGAAGUAGAUGAGUUGGCAAGACAUUAUCUUAGAGAUGGUUCAUCACCUCUUGUUGAUCAUCAAGGUUGCAAAGGCUCGUUUAAAGCUUCAAAGCAAAAUUCAAGGGCUGGCGUUCUUAUUGAUGCUGUAGAAGAUAUCCUUCCUUCUUUACCGAAAAGUUGUAUCGAAAGAUUAACGGAAUUGCUUGAGCUUCCUUAGCUGGUAUAGCCACAUCCUUUGGUUUGUUUGCAUACUUAAGGAACAACAGUACUAGUCUGGACUAAUGUCCUCCUAACUUGAUGUGCUAUAAACCUGCUCUAUUUGGUGAGCAAUUGAUCAGAGGGAGAAAUAAACGUAGUGAAGUUGCGAAACAGCUCGGGAAAUAUCUUUCUGCUCUAAAUGUUGAGCAUCUGUACAGCUGCUGUUUUAUUGGUACAAAAUGCUGCAGCGAGUUGCUCGUUGACCCCCAAAUGUCGCCGUUAGGAGAUUGAUUGGUCACUUCGAUAUGGUAUCUUUAAAUUUAGGUUGCCCAAAAACACUCCCUUCCUUUUGCCCUCGUUAUCUUAAUUGAGUUAUUUGAAUUGUGUUCUACCCCCUUUUAGGAUUAUAUCUACUUGAAGCUUUUAUGAUCACUUAUCCACAUCUUUUGUGGCCCCCCUCCCCCUCUAGUGGUACCUCCACUUGAGUUGAAUCACCUUUUCCUUUGAGGUUUGAUAGUGGAGUAACCGAAAUCGCAAUCACCAGCUUCCGAAGGACAUGAUAUGUUUUCCGCUCUUAUUCUCUCUCUGGAUGCUUCGGUUAUUCGUGGAAUUGCCCCACAGCUGUACAAUUUUCGACGUUCGAUGGUUGAAGAGACGACGUUUUCAGUAUUGAAGAUUCGCCAGGGAUCUACAAAUCCUGCAUUCGCAAGAUCGCUUCUUCAAAAGAGAUUUUUCUUUUGGAUUUUUAUUCUCAACCAAUAAAAGUACGAGCAUGAUCCGAUCCGCAUAUGUUUGGUGAAAAGGAGGAAUGGAGGAUGAUGAAACAAUGCCAAAAGAUUGAGGGGAUUUUCCCACUCAUAUAUAAUUAGAAAAAUUGCAGGGUGUAGGUUAAUGUGAUGAGUUCUUUUUUAUUUUUUAUUUUUAAAUUCUUUAAGUUUUGUAACAGGGAUUUGAAAUAGGAUGCGUAUCCUUCAAUCAAACAUUAUGUCCAUGAGAGUACAAAACUAAUAUAUUUCUUUUCCUUGGCUA